AUGCGCUUAUUACCUUCGAAUCUUUUACUUCAAAUAGCAAAAAAACAAUUGCAGUUUGAAGAACAUCGUGAAAUUGCGAAACAGUGUCGAGAUGAAGCCAUUCGCCAUAAAGAAGAAGGCGAACAUUGGAAAAAAGAAUAUAAUCGUUUACUAGACAUGUAUAAACGAAAAGAUGCCGAUAUUGAAAAACUGAAAAAAGAAAUUAAUUUAUUUAAACGUAACCAAAAAUCGAAAGAAAGCGAAAUCGAGCCGUUAAAAAAGCGGGCAAGUCAUUUGCAAAAGAUAGCAGAAAGGUCGCAAAAGAAGAAAUUAGAGGAUAUCAUCAAGGAAAAAGACAAAUUAAUCGAGAAAUACGAACUAAAUAAACAGCGUCUAGAAAAACACCUUGAAUUGUCAAUUGCAAAAAAAGCGCAUGAACGUGGAAAUUUAGCGUUAAAUGCUCUACACUCGCAAGCUGUUAAUCGAGCUUCUAAUAAAGCUCCUAUUUGUGCAGCUACGAAAAUAAAGUAUAUCAGAAAUGAUGAUGAGUGUGCAGAAAAUGAAUUUGGUAAUAUGAAUCGCGGCAGAAAAAUUGUACACUGGAAUGAACCAUUGGCAACUGCAAUUGCUCCAUCUACUGCUGCUGCUGUAUCGCUGGAGCCAAAUGCUGAUAUGCUUUUGACGCGUUCAGAGAAAAAUAUAUUUGGUUGUGCCUCACUAUAUAAAGGAUCGAAUGGUGAUUUCACAGUGUAUACGCAAACAUAUUGUGGUUGCCAUUGCUACGAAUAUAGCAAUACUGAUGUUAGAUGGAUUUAUCGUAAUAAACGCUUCAUGUUGUAUUAUUAUGGUCAAGCCCGUUCAACAACGUUGGAAAUCAAUUAUGGAGAAACAAUAAUUCGUCAUUUUCUUAUCGGUCGUUUGGAAAUCUAUCGAAAAAGCAAUGAAACAACCCUUGUGAUGCCAUGUGGUCGACGAAUUGAAACGAUUAGGCGUCCUAAUAGUGAAUUAUAUACAGAAAUUUUUGAAGAGGAUGGAACAGUGAGUACUUUCCAUCCUGAUGGUACGAAAACAAAACGAUUGGCAUCGAAAAUAUCUAGUGAACGCUGUGAUGGAUCCAAAGUUUCUUUAGUGAACAAUGACAGUUUUGCAUGGAUAUCUAAAGAUUAUACAGUACGACGCUUUAAAAAUGGCGAUGUAAAAGUUCGUUUAAAUAAUAUUGAUACAAGUAUAGCAAUGAUGAUGGUGGAUGCUGGAACGGUAAAACAUUUGUCAGGUCACGCAACGGGCCCAAAUAGAUAUUGCUUCGAAUGGGGAACUAAAGCAAGAGAAAGAUCACGUUUAGCUGUUUCUCGUGUUCUUGAACAAUUGUAA